AUGGCAGGCCUCGCUGCCACCGAGCAGGAAAAGGUCUGGCUGGUGCGGCGCGUCGCCCGCGCCCUCAACCGCCGCGUCACCGACAUCGUCGCGCUGCUCUUCAGCCACAAGGGAGCUGGAUCGCUCGGCGCUGUCGCGGGGUUCGCCAUCGCCGUCGUGUUCGCGUGGAAGUUCCUGCGACCCCGCAGGCCUGCUCCCAAGCGGCCCCACCUACCCCUGCAGCGGCUCCUGCUGCGACUGUGCCUGAUGCGGCCGAGCCUAUCGGUAGUAACACGGGAAAUUGUGGUGAAGCGACUGAGAGGGUGCAGAAAGGUUACGUGCCAACUUCUCGGUGUUGUUUUUGAGGAGAAAACUCCUGAGGAGCUUCAGGAACAUGCUACAGUUAGACCCUCCGUGGUAGAGUUACUACUGGAAAUAUCCAGAUAUUGUGAUCUCUACCUGAUGGAGACUGUACUUGAUGACAAGAGCGAGGAGAAGCGCUCUCAUGGCCCUAGAGGCCUCUGGACUUUUCAGAACUGGUGGCCUGAUGAAAGAGAAGGUGACAAGUUCAAACUAAAGAGUGUUGAUUCAUCAUAG